AUGAAAGUUGGGGGAGAGUCUUGGGAUCAGCCACCAUCCGUACCCUUGCGGCGGAUGUUGUCGCCAAGGCAAUCCAACUCGGGUCACCCCGGUGCUCCCAUGGGCAUGGCUCCCGUCGCCCACGUUCUCUGGAACAAGAUCCUUAACUACAACCCCAAGGACUCCAAGUGGAUCGCCCGCGACCGCUUCGUUCUCUCGAACGGCCACGCUUGUGCCCUCCAGUACAUCCUCCUCCACCUCGCUGGCUUCAAGCUCUCGCUUGACGACCUCAAGAACUUCCGCCAGCUUGACUCGAUCACCCCUGGCCACCCCGAGGUUGGCGUGACCGACGGUAUCGAGGUCACCACCGGCCCUCUCGGCCAGGGUAUCGCCAACGCUGUUGGUCUUGCCAUUGCUGAGGCCCACAUGGCCGCUACCUUCAACAAGGAGGGCUACACUCUCUUCGACAACAAGACCUACGUCUUCCUCGGUGACGGCUGUCUCCAGGAGGGUGUUGCCUCGGAGGCCGCUUCGCUCGCUGGCCACCUCCAGCUCGGCAACCUUGUCGCCAUCUACGACGACAACUCGAUCACCAUUGACGGUGACACCGCUGUCUCGUUCACCGAGGACGUCGAGGCCCGCUUCCGCUCGUACGGCUGGGAGGUUCUCCACGUCCAGGGUGGUGACAGCGACCUCGACGCCAUUUACGGCGCCAUCGCCGAGGCCCGUGACAACAACACCAAGCCCACCAUCAUCAACCUCAAGACCACCAUUGGUUUCGGUUCGCUCAAGCAGGGUGGCCACGACGUCCACGGUGCUCCCCUCAAGGCCGACGACAUCCGUCAGCUCAAGACCAAGUUCGGCUUCAACCCCGACGAGUCGUUCGUGAUCCCCGCCGACGUCGACGCCUCGUACGCCGACAAGGCCGCCAAGGGCGAGAAGGCCCAGGCCGAGUGGAACGCCCUCUUCGCCAAGUACCAGCAGGCUUACCCCGCCGAGGCUGCCGAGCUCACCCGUCGUGUUGAGGGCCGCCUUCCCGAGGGCUGGGAGAAGCACCUCCCCACCUUCAAGCCCGGAGAGCCCGCCGUUGCCUCGCGCAAGCUUUCGGAGAACAUCCUCAACGCUAUUGCCCCCCACAUUCCCGAGCUCGUUGGUGGCUCGGCCGACCUUACCGGCUCGAACCUUACCCGCUGGAAGGGCGCCGUCGACUUCCAGCCCCCCUCGACUGGUCUCGGCGACUACUCUGGCCGCUACUUCCGCUUCGGUGUCCGUGAGCACGGCAUGACCGCCAUCUGCAACGGUAUCGCUGCCUACGGUGGUCUUAUCCCCUUCGGCGCCACCUUCCUCAACUUCGUUUCGUACGCCGCCGGUGCCGUCCGUCUCUCGGCCCUCUCGCACUUCCGCGUCCUUAACAUUGCCACCCACGACUCGAUUGGUCUCGGUGAGGACGGCCCCACCCACCAGCCGGUUGAGACCGCUGCCUGGCUCCGCGCCCUCCCCAACCUCCAGUUCUGGCGCCCCGCCGACGGCAACGAGACCUCGGCCUCGUACCAGGUCGCCCUCUCGUCGCUCCACACCCCCUCCGUCUUCGCUCUCUCGCGCCAGAACCUCCCCCAGCUUGAGGGUUCGUCGAUCGAGAAGGCCGCCAAGGGUGGUUACGUGCUCGAGGAGGCCGAGGGUGCCGACGUCACCAUCGCUUCCACCGGUUCCGAGGUUUCCAUUGUCGUCGAGUCGGCCAAGAUCCUCCGUGAGCAGGGCCUCAAGGUCCGUGUCGUCUCGCUCCCCUGCUGGGAGAUCUUCGACGCUCAGCCCCGCGAGUACCAGCUCGCCGUCCUCCCCUCGGGCGCUCCCAUCGUCUCUGUGGAGGCAUAUGGUACCCUCGGAUGGGCCAAGUACGCUCACGAGCACAUCGGUCUCAAGGCCUGGGGCGCGUCGGCUCCCUACCUCCAGGUUUACGACAAGUUCGGCCUUACUGGCCCCAAGAUCGCGGCCAACGUCGAGAAGGUUGUUGCGUUCUACAAGAAGCGUGGAUCGCCCACCUUCUCCCCCCUCGACACUGCUCUUUAA